AUGGAUGUCUUUUCAGGAUACAAUCCGCUAGAAAAGACCAAGGAUAGAACCAAUUCAUCCCAUUCUUCGGUUGAAGCAGCUGCCCUUCCAUCAACAGAAUUGGCUCCAGCGGGCCUAAGUAGACCUCCUCCAUUAGUUCCAAACCUUGACGGUUGGGCUUUUAGGUAUAGGUCAAGCGGUUAA